GAUUUUCUGGUUUGCUCGAAAAUAUUUUCCUUUUUCAAGACCAUUUAUUCAGCUUCGCGACAAGGGUUGACGGCCAUUCUCUGGCCUAACCCAGCCACCGCGCGACGCCGCUAGUCUCUACCCUCAAAUUGGUGUGGGAAACAUGAGCGGGUUAGUGGUCCGUUCACCUAUUAUGUGUCUUUCGCCCGUGAAGUUGAGCCAAGAUUUUCACUACCAUUUAUACCCUUCCAAGUUCUUUCGCACAAGAACUUAUCCCAGGUAUCGUUGCUUAAAAAACAACGACACCCAAAAUGUUUCCGAGGGCUUCUCGGUCCUUAAAUCAGAUAAUCCUUGUGAUGGGGGGAGUUUGUGGAGCAGUAUGGCUUUCUACCUUUUCACUGUGCACGUUCCUUUGAGUUUUGGCGGCUUGUCUGCUGUUAACAGUAUAUUGCAUUGUUCAGCUCUUGAUCCACAGACCGAGGCAUUGUCCUUAGUUGUACUUCAGAUGUUAGAGCUUAUUGGCGUUCUGCUUCUUUUAAGAUGUCCUGGGAAGCCCCAAUACAAGCUUCGCGAUUUCUUUCAAGAGAAGCAAUCAGCAAAAGAAAGGAACUGGUUAUUUGCGUCAGCUCUUGGCUUUGGAUUCCUGGUUCUGUUGGUUUUCACCACAUCAAUUAUUGCUGACUGGUUGAUAGGGACCAAGGAAGUCAACAAUCCAAUCUUGAAGGAAAUUCUUUCGAGUGGUCCAGUAUCGAUAACAUCAUGCAUCCUGGUUUACUGUGUCAUCACCCCUUUGCUAGAAGAAAUUGUCUACAGAGGGUUCUUCUUGACUGCUCUUUCCUCUACAAUGAAAUGGCAGCAAGCAGUCAUUGUUAGCUCAGUUAUUUUUAGUGCAGCUCACUUUUCUGCUGAAAAUUUCAUACAGUUGUUCAUCAUAGGUUUAAUUCUUGGAUGUUGUUACUGCUGGAGUGGAGACUUAAGGUCUUCUAUUAUAAUUCAUUCAUUGUACAAUGCAUUAACCUUACUAAUAACAUAUGCAUCAUGAGUAGUUGGUUUUUGA